UAUUGGCCACUCAGACGAGACAUUCGCCCCAGGCUUGCGCAUUUUGGACAUGAAUAAUAUAGCGUAUGCGUGGAGGAGCCAGCUUUCAAAAUGGCGGGUAAGCGUAAGUGUCCCGAGAAAGGGUUGUUUAAAACUUUAGAAGACGGCUUAGUUGGUAUACAAGGGAAAAGAUUCAAACCAAAAAAGAAAAUAUCAAUAAAGAGCAAAUUUAUUCGAUCGAAAGUUUCUCAAGCUGUGAUUGGUCGAGCAACCCGUGAUUCUGAGACGAUAAUCUACGCUGCAGCGGAGCACUGAAGAGGUGAUUAUGAGGUAUUGUAAAGUUUUCCAGAUCGGAAGUAACCAGGUAAAACUCUGAUAUUCAAGUCUGUUAUACUAAAUACUCGAAGACUCGCGGCUCGGUAAAUAUUCCACCGAUAAUCACUUCGCCUUCGGCGAAUAAUCGUUAAAUAUUAUUUAUCGUGAGCUCGGCAAGAGUACAAACAUGUAGUAGAAAGUGGAAAGUUUACAGACAGAACGAUAACAGAAAAUAGAUCAAACAUUCUUCAUUUGCUUGUAAGCAUUUUAGCUUUUGUGUUUAGGAAUUUAUAAUGGUAACUGAAAUGAAUGGAGUGAAAGUUGUGAUUUAACUGCUGAGAUGCAAUUAGAUUGAAAAUUUUGCUAGUGAAUUUCAACAUUCCAACAUUGUUUCGGUCAGUGUUAACUAGUGGAGUUCGAGAAGGCGGUCCAACAAGAAACUCAUGAGUCUUGAAGAAGUGAAGUGAAGUGAAAACUGCCUUCCUUCGGCUACACUGUUACUUAAAAAUAGUUCAAGGAAAGUCCAGCUUUUCCAGAGACAUUAUCAUGUUUAUUUUUAGUGCCAAAUAUCAUCAACAGCUGACUAAGUCCCUGAAAGCAUGGCGAAUGUCUUAAGGUACCUGAAGAGACCGGCCCAUCUUUCCAGUUUGGUUUUCAUUAUCGUUAUUACCCUGGUGAUCAUCACUUACAACAUAUCUACCGUGUGGAAAAGUAUUAACUUAUCAGUGCGCACCGUUAUUGAAGAUUACCAUGGCAACUACCACGACAUUAAGAAGACAUCAGGUCAGAAAGGAAGCAAGAUUGACGACAAUGAACGAAGAGACGACAGAUCAAGCCAUCAAACACAUGAAGAAAUUCUUUCCAAGCGACAAGAAAGAAACCCCUUUGAAACCCAUAUAUGGGACGAAAGAAACAGAUUAAGAUUAUGCGGCAGUGAAUGGCAAGAUAAGUAUGCUCGACUACAUAGUGACAUGGUAGCGUCCAGGAAGAAUGAAAAAUACCUGGCAUACACAUGUCCAGGAAACAGACAAGGCUGCUGUGGAUAUGGCAAUAGAUUACGUGCAGUGGUAUCACUAUUCUACCUAUCUAUAUUGACGGGUAGAGCAUUCUUAAUCAACUGGCAGACACCGGAGCCUAUAGAGAACUAUUUGAAGCCCAAGAGGAUUCUGUGGAAUCAUUCAAGUCCACUUGACAUAUGCACAGGCCUAGAGACGCGCCGUCAUUACUGGGGAACAGCCAGUGCAGAGAUUCGGGAAGCUGAAGGCUGGAUAAUACGAGACAGUAAACACUUUAAAAACUGGUUUACAAGGACAAAUUUGAGCAGUUAUUUUGAUGCUCCGAUUGAAGAAGUGACUACUAUUUAGUAUUUUGUCGAGGGUGGGGUUAAAAACAACCCAUAUCUUAUGCGCCGAGCAAAAGAAUUAAACAUCACGCCAUUGAUUUCUACUGGGCUUCCUAAAUAUGCCCUCAUCGGUUGCGCAUUUGAUUUCUUGUUUGAAAAGUCGCGCGCGGUGGAGCAUCUCCUUCAGUUGUGGAAAGACAAAGUACGUGAGGCUGGUGGACCGACCAUUGGUGUGCAUAUAAGGACAGGGGAUCUACAGUUUGACUAUUUUUCUCGUGAGGACGAAAGAAUUAAUAACCUCAAAAACCUUACAAGACUUAAUGGAUUCUUCAAGUGCGCAAGACACGUAGAACAAACCGUUUUCAAGUUCAAUGAAAGCACGAAUAACGCKCUAUGGUUCCUGGCAACAGAUAACAACCGUGUGAAGGAAUAUGCCAGGAAAAACUUUCCAGGGAAAGUCGUCACCACCAACCUGACGAUACAACACCUGGAUAUUUUACAUAAUACAACAAUCUUAAAUGAUACAAUCGAGUGUAACUUUACGACUGGAUUCAAUGGUUCAGCAUUUUGUUACAAUGUUGUACCAUUUAAUAAGACUCUGUUCUGUGCCAAUCGUACAAAUCACACCAAGAUCAACGAUAAUAGUACGAUAUUCAACGAUACUCAUCAAUAUGCAAAAGAAAAAAGGAAAAUCAACGACGCGCAAAGAAACAUGACAAGCCAGAUCGCCUUGCAUCAACAAAAUACCUUUGCAAAACGACACAAAAGAAACCCCUUUGAAACCCAUACAUGGGACAAGAGUAACAGAUUAAGAUUAUGCGGCAGUGGAUGGCAAGAUAAGUAUGCUCGACUACAUAGUGACAUGGUAGCGUCCAGGAAGAAUGAAAAAUACCUGGCAUACACAUGUCCACCGGGAAACAGACAAGGCUGCUGUGGAUAUGGCAAUAGAUUACGUGCAGUGGUAUCACUAUUCUACCUAUCUAUAUUGACGGGUAGAGCAUUCUUAAUCAACUGGCAGACACCGGAGCCUAUAGAGAACCAUUUGAAGCCCAAGAGGAUACUGUGGAAUCAUUCGCCUCCGAGUAACGUAGAAACGCGCCGUCACUACUGGGGAACCGCCGGCGCGAAUAGCCUUGAAGCUCGAGGCUGGAUAAUACGAGACAGUAAACACUUUAAUAAUUGGUUUACAGAGACAAAUUUAAGCAGUUAUUUUGAUGCGCCGAUUGAAGAAGUGACUACUAUUUGGUAUUUUGUCGAAAGUGGGAUUAAAAACAACCCAUAUCUUAUGCGCCGAGCAAAAGAAUUGAACAUCACGCCAUUGAUUUCUACCGGGCUUCCUAAAUAUGCCCUCAUCGGUUGCGCAUUUGAUUUCUUGUUUGAAAAGUCUCGCGCUGUGAAGAACCUCCUUCAAUUGUGGAAAGACAAAGUACGUGAGGCUGGUGGACCGACCAUUGGUGUGCAUAUAAGGACAGGGGAUUUGCAGUUUGAAAACUUGCCUCCUAAGGACGAUAGAUUUAAUAACCUCAAAAACCUUACUAGGCUUAAUGGAUUCUUUAAGUGCGCAAGACACGUAGAACAAACAGUUUUCAAGUUCAAUGAAAGCACGAAUAACGCGCUAUGGUUCUUGGCAACAGAUAACAACCGUGUGAAGGAAUAUGCCAGGAAAAACUUUCCAGGGAAAGUCGUCACCACCAACUUGACGAUACAACACCUGGAUAUCUUACAGAAAAACGUAAAGUGUAGGGCUCACGUAAAUGGUUCGAAAUUAUGUAACAAAUCAGUUAAUACGUCAAAUACUCAUCAACAUACAAAUGGUAUCAUAGCAAUGCUGGUUGAACAUUUUAUUCUCUCCGAAUGUGAUUUUCUCAUUAUCUGCGACAGCAGUUUUAGCUCUACAGCGGUAGGUCUAAGCAUGCGCGGUGGUGAGUCGUUUGUUUUUGGUGAUCGUGACUGUCUCGACUACACACGAGCACAAAACCUGAGAAAAACGAUAUUUUUUUAGGAAGAAAAGAUCCAUCAAAUAAUAGAUUAAAGAAAUGCAAAGGAAAUUUAGACGAAUACUCAGGUCUUAGAACAAUUAAUAUAACAGAUGUGGAAGUAUGAAAGUGCUGUUUUUAUCGGAGAUGUUUUGAGGUGAUUUGUUUAUGUUUUGAUUCUUGUACUAAGGAUGCAUUGAUUUAUGACUAGUUUAAAAAUGUUUCAAGAUGCCUGGCAAAAUUAAGUCACCAAAAUCUUGCGGUGCAUGUGAUGUCAUACUCUGUCACCACGUUGGUUAACUUGCAGCCAAUUAUCAGGGAAGGUGUCAAUACCUCAUAAUUUUUUCUCAUAUCCUUGCAUUAUAGACUUGAAUUUAGUCUUUCUUCUUUUUCUUGGCUCCAAUAAAUUGUUCAUAAGCGAAUUCAAGCAGAGACUUUUCCUUGAUUAGCACUGCAACAGCCACCAAGAGGAGACAAACAGCUCCUAUGCCAAUGUGAAGUAUACGAUAGAACCAGCCAUGAUUACAGCACAGUACCCUUUCAGAUAAUGCAGUAAUGAUGCCUGACAAUGCAUACGUCAAUAAAACUAAGUAGGAAGGGAAGAUCCCUCUGAGUGGCUGAAGAUCUGGAGUUGAUUUGAAAUACUUGAGGAUAAAUGACAAGCUGUAAUAAUUGAUAAUAAGAUCAAAAUAAAUAUUAAGGUGUAAAUUU